UGUAAGCGAGUGCUCGACACAGGAAGGACUGGUGAGCGCUGAAUGCUAACAAGGGGGAGAGUAGUACAUGUCCACGGUGAGCGGAAAGGUGGGGGUUCAACGGCGAGAUAUGGAGUAAUAAAAUAACCUGCAAUGUGCCAGCGUCAAACACACGCCGAUCAUAACCAUCCUCACCACCACCGAUAUCAUCACCAUCAUCGCCGCCAACAGCGCGACCAUCCUCGUCUUUUUCCUCUCAAGUGAAAUGUAUCGGGACUGCAAGGGACCUUUUUUCUGACAAUGGAGAUUGAGAAUAUCGUGGCCAACACGGUGCUGCUAAAGGCGAGGGAAGGAGGAGGUGGGAAACGGAAUGGCCGGAGCAAGAAAUGGAAAGAGAUGCUGAAACUGCCACAUAUCAGUCUGUGUGAGGAGCUGAGACGCACCAUUGAGAGGGACUACACUAGCCUUUGUGAGAAGCAGCCCAUUGGUCGUCAGUUGUUUCGUCAGUUUUGUGACACUCAGCCCAAGUUACGACGAUGCAUCGAGUUUCUGGAUACUGUGGCGAUGUAUCAGGUGGCUCCGGACGAGAAGAGGAGAGAUGCCGGUUUAAUUAUUUUAGACACUUAUUUUAAUAACGGGUCAGCAGCUCAUCUACCAGACAUCGCUCAGGAAUUGGUGGGGGAUUGCAGGCAGAAACUUGAACAGACUCCUUGCAAAGAGCUCUUCAAUGAGUGUACUAGGAUAGUUCGUGAAUAUUUAAGCGAAGCUCCGUUCUCAGCGUAUCAGGAGACUAUGUAUUUCUCACGUUUCCUCCAGUGGAAGUGGUUAGAGAGGCAACCAGUAACCAAAAACACAUUUAGACAUUAUAGAGUGUUGGGAAAGGGCGGAUUUGGUGAGGUUUGUGCCUGCCAGGUUCGUGCCACUGGUAAGAUGUACGCCUGUAAAAAGCUGGAGAAGAAACGAGUGAAGAAAAGAAAAGGUGAAGCAAUGGCAUUAAAUGAAAAACGCAUUUUAGAAAAAGUUAACAGUAGUUUUGUAGUUAAUUUGGCAUAUGCAUAUGAGACCAAGGACGCUCUUUGUUUAGUGUUGACGAUAAUGAAUGGCGGCGACCUCAAGUUUCAUAUCUAUAACAUGGGGAACUCUGGCUUCGAUGAACAACGUGCCAUCUUUUAUGCUGCGGAAAUCUGCUGCGGCUUGGAGGAUCUUCAUCGGGAGAGGAUCGUCUACAGAGACCUCAAACCAGAAAAUAUUCUUUUAAAUGAACGUGGGCACAUCCGUAUUUCUGAUCUGGGAUUGGCUGUCCAGAUUCCAGAGGGUGAGACGAUACGAGGGCGCGUCGGGACGGUGGGAUACAUGGCUCCGGAGGUCAUUCAGAAUGAGAGUUACACGUUCAGUCCUGACUGGUGGGGUUUGGGUUGCCUGAUAUUUGAGAUGAUCCAGGGACAAUCUCCGUUCCGCCGCCGUAAAGAGCGAGUGAAGAGAGAGGAGGUGGACCGCCGUGUGUGUGAGGAGCAGGAGGACUAUUCAGAGAAGUUCUCUGAGGUUGAUAAGGACAUCUGCCGACAGUUGUUAUGUAAAGAUCCGAAGGAGCGUUUGGGGUGUCAAGGUAGUGGAGCGGCCGAAGUGAAACUGCAUCCUAUUUUCCGCGAUAUCAAUUUCAAGCGAUUGGAGGCCAACAUGCUUGACCCACCCUUUUGUCCUGAUCCACGUGCAGUGUACUGCAAGGAUGUUUUGGAUAUAGAGCAGUUUUCCACAGUGAAAGGCGUAAACUUGGACCCUACAGAUGAUGACUUUUAUCAUAAGUUUGUGACGGGAGGUGUCUCCAUCCCCUGGCAGAAUGAGAUGAUUGAGAUGGAGUGCUUUAAGGAGAUCAAUGUUUUUGAGACGGACGGCUCGCUGUGUUAUGAUCUAGAUGUAAACAGGCCAAUCCCGGUGCCCAAGCGAGGAUUCUUCUACCGUCUGUUCCACCGAGAGGCAAGUGUUAGCGUGCCGGCUGCCGUGGUCAAAGGGGGUGGGGCUUGAGGUUUGUUUUAGGAGUGCCAACUGCGAGGAAGAGGAGGAGCCGUCUUGACUUGAAACCACUCCAACUUUCCAUUAGCUGCCAAUCAGAAAGCUAAACUUAUGAAUGUCCAACUGUAUUUAUGAACUGUAUUAAACUGUACAAUAAUUAAAAGGGUAUGAGUUUAAAGACUUUUGUACAUUUGUACUUGAAUUACGUGUAGAUGUAUAUUUUCACUAAAGGUUGUACAAAAAGCCAUAGAAAUACCACUUGAAUGCAUAUAUAAUGUUUUUAUUCUUACUUUCAACCGAUUAUGAAACGUGUAUUUCUUUUGAAGCACAAUAUCAACAUUCACUUUUGUUUUUAUUGCUGGCGUCCUGUUAGCGCCGGCUAUGGAUGUAUGUUUGAUUGUUUGGCUGGAUAGAUGUGGUGCAUUACAGCUAUUUUUAAGUAGUCAACAAGUCUGGAUAUUUCGAGGGCAGGUUGGUCAAUGACCAAUAUUUGUUCACAUAAUAACAGCAUUUUUCAUUUUUUUGGCCAAAUGUUUUGUAUUUUACACAAUAUUUAUUCACAAUUGACUAAAAAUGUAAAAAUGAACACAUUAUUUGCUGACAAGCAUGUUUAAAAGGGAGGUAAAGCGAAUAAAUUGAGCAACGCCCACAUGUUAUAAUACUGUAAUGUACUUAAGAAUUUACUAGUGCUGUUAAAUAUAAAAAUGUCAUUUGGAAUCGAUUUUAUGUUAAUAUAUGUGUGUGAUGUGUAUAUUUUUAUAUAUAUAUAUAUAUAUAUAUAUAUAUAUAUAAAAAAAAAAUAUAAAAGCACACAAAUAUAUGGGUAUAUAUAUAUAUAACAAUAUUUGCAUAAAAUGUAUUUAAAUAUACAUUUAUACAUAUAUCCACAUUAUGUCCAAAUAUUAUAUGUAUAACUUGCAUUUCUUAAAUAUACAUUUGCUUUAUAUUUAUAUAAACAUAUGCACAGCACACACAUCAUAUAAACACAAACAUUAAUUUUGGAAGCGAAAAACUAGCACUAGUAUUUACUAUAAUAAACUGUAGUUUACUGUAGUGCUCUGUAAAAAAUAAUUGUACUAAAUUGAUAUGUAGUAUACCUUAAUAUUCACUGUUGUAAUGUAAAAAAACUACAGUUUACUAUAGUAAAUGCUAUACGAUACUAAGAAAAUGUAUUGUGGGUAUGUUGUUCAGUUGCAGUCUCAAAAUGUCUAAAAUCAAACAAAUCUCAUCCAGUUAAUCUAUCUAAAGCAAAUAUAUCAAUAUAUUACUAGUUAGAUAAGUUUUAUUUUAAUGGGAGUAGUAAGGACAGCUGUUUAGGAAUGUUACAGUAGGAGUAGAGUAAUGAAUCCUGAGAUCUGCCCAAAGCUUUUGCAUCUGUUGCCAGGGUUGCCUGCAGUGCCGUCUGAAAGCUUUACAGUGGUUUUAACCAAGCCAAUGUAAACAACCUAAAUUUGCUUUCUCUUUACAUUUGCUUACAAAUGUGCUGUUGAUAUUGCCUUAGGUGUCAUAUUUUAGUUCAUAUUUCAAACAGAGUGGUUGAGCGAAUGUGUACCCGUCCUGCAGGAAGACUGAAGCACUUGGACGUUGUCGCCAUAGACUUUUAUUCUUUAUCUAAAGCCUCAGGCCACGAGACGCAUUCAGUGUCGGAUAAUCGUCUAAUAACAUAUAACUGUGCAAUCUGUUUAUCGUACACGUGCACAUCAUAGCUUGUUGUUGCGCAUUUGUUUGUUUAAUGUUGUUUUUAUUAUUUUUGUAUGGCAUUAUCGCAGUGAAGUUAAUGCUUCCAUUCAGAGUAAUAAGAUUUACCUCUACGUUCAUUCCUUGGAAACAAACAAAAACUUUUCUAGACUUCCACAAAUGCCUUUGUAAAUCGCUUGUAUUGUUUUGACACAGUUCUAUUACAUAUUUGAUGGCUUUCCAGAACAACUCAAAUAGGAAUUAUUUUGUUUGGUUCACUGACAUUCCCUCUAACCCCCAACCCUUGACAUUUUCUUUCGGAUCUUAUGGUCCCAUUUGCAAAGCUGUGAAAAUUUGUCUUCAGUUAUUUCCAUAUGUGUGCAUGUUCUACUGUACCCAUGGUUUCACAAGAGGACACGCACUCACUUUAGUAAUCAUUUGUUUUGAUAUAUGCCCAUUAAAAGUACUUUUGGAAAAGUUCAUGAUGUUAGCGUAUGGAAGAAUUGGGGUUAGUUGUUACACUUUUUAUGCAGUGAAAAGUGUAUAGUUUUGUAGGGUAUAGUUUUGAAUGAUUUCUGUAUUGGCAUGUACCUUAAAAAAAACGAUUGAACAUUUAUACCGUAGUUGCAGAGGAGUACAGUGUAUAGUUGAUUGAACACACAUUGAUUUUUUUGGGGACAUGUUGUCAUAAUUUAUAGGGAUUUUUACAGAAUAAAAGCCUUAUGAAGGCGUUUAUUUUUAAAAAGUUCAAAUAAGAAAAGAAACAAUAUUAAAACAAAUUAAGCUUGAAAAGUGUAAAAAGUUAUGUUAAAAAUAUUCAAACAUAUUUUGAUUUUUGAAAAAUGAAAUAUUCAGAAUCGAUGGUAACUCACCUCACCUGAAAUAAACAAUACCUGUUCUGAACACAGUUUAACUGCUUAAAAUCAGUUUUUAGUAGACUUUUACCUAAAUGUAUGGUAUCAUGCUGUUAUGGUAGUAAACGCUAAAGUAGACCCACGUCUCUCUAACUGGAAGUUUGUUUAAAACUUUUAAUUAUCUGAGAUGCAACUAUUACAAUUUUUCUGUGUGACAACUAGCCCCGGUCUUGUCCAAACCUUUGUUGCCUUUUUCUCUGAAGCUCUGAUCUAUUUGUAUGUUCAUUUGAACUCACAUAUUUGAUUCACAUACUCGAUAAAAAACAACUUGCAGCAAAUUAAACCUACAUUUGAAAUGUUUUUUUGUGCAAAGCAGGCCAGUUUCAGCAUAUGGGAUUGAUUUCUUUAAAGAAAAGAUUACUGAAUGUAUUAAUAAAUACACACAAACUGGCUGUGGACAUGUUAUUUUACCAGUAAAAAGUUUGGACGCACCUAUUCAUCUUCAUUACAUUAAAAUCUAAACACUGUUUGAAAUGGAAAAGUAAAACUUGCGUGACCAGACCAUUUUUAGUUUUGUAAUUAAAUCAUAUUUGUUUACAAAACAUAAGCCUUAAGAUCAAAAUUGUUUAAAGGUCAUGAUACAUUUAUAUUCUGUCAAGUGUGUCCAAAUUUUGAAAAGUAAUCUUUUACACUUAUUUUAUAUAAAGGGAUGACUAUCUUACACUUUAAUUUGUCUCAUUCUUAUUCAAUUAUCUUACAUUUAAUGUGUUUUUGGAUUGGCUAACUCCAGCUUGAAUGUUUGCACAAUUAAGUUUUAAAUCAUUUUUAUUCAUUAAUAGAGCAUCUACUGCAUGCCAAUUGGGUGCCAUAAUGUAAAAUGUAUGUACAGAUCUGUCUCUCAGACCACUGAUGCCAACAGAACUGUUUGUGUUGUAUCAUAUCUGACAUCUGGAAUUAUUAAACAAUACA